AUGGAGGACAAGCGGAGCUUCUCAGAUAUCUGCGGCGGCCGUCUGGCCUUGCACCGCCGAUACUACUCCCCGUCCUGCCUAGAGUUCUGCCUCAGCUGCCCUCGGAUCUCGUUGCGCGCUCUCACCGCUGUCACCUGCACCGUGUGGCUGGCGGCCUACGGACUCUUCACGCUCUGUGAGAACAGCAUGAUCCUCUCUGCUGCCAUCUUCAUCACUCUCUUAGGCCUGCUUGGUUACCUCCAUUUUGUAAAGAUUGAUCACGAGACUCUGUUAAUCAUUGAUUCCCUGGGCAUCCAGAUGACCUCAUCCUAUGCCUCAGGCAAAGAAAGCACCACCUUCAUUGAGAUGGGCAAGGUGAAAGAUGUCAUCAUUAAUGAGGCUAUUUACAUGCAGAAGGUGAUUUACUACCUCUGCAUUUUAUUGAAGGAUCCAGUGGAACCACAUGGGAUAUCCCAAGUAGUACCCCUCUUCCAGAGUGCCAAGCCCCGGCUGGACUGCUUGAUUGAAGUGUACAGAAGCUGCCAGGAGAUCCUGGCACACCAGAAAGCCACAUCAACAAACCCAUUCAGAAAGCCAGGCGGAGACAAGAUCAUCUCUGCACUCAACAGCAGGUCUCACUUGGGGGGGUUGGAGAGAUAUUGGUAUCAUCAGGAAGGCAAAAAGUGA